CCGCUUCCACAUCUCCCCGCCCCUCGGCCUUGAUCCAAUCGCAGCGGGCCGGGGGAGGGAGCGGGCAGGACGGGCCGAGCGGCCCCGGGCGGCGGGGUCGGGGUCACUGAUGGCCGGGAGGAGGGGAGCGGCGGGUCGGGGCCGCGGUCUGUGGGCGCUGUUGCUGCUGCUGGCGGCGAGGAGCGGGGCCGCGGAUGCGAGCGACCUCGGCAAGGUGAUGUCCAUCCAGCCCUGGCUGAAGAUGCCCGACCCCUGCACUGACCCCCAUCUCCUCACCCCUCACCCCCACCGUCGCUGCCGCCAGCUGGUGGCCCUGGUGAUGUGUGGUCGGAGUCUGGAGCUGUCGCAAGUUGAUCUCGCCCUGGCCGUCCGCUGGCCGCGGGGGGGUGUGGACGCACUCCGCCGGUCCCCAGCGCGAGAGAGGGGGCCCUCUCGGUCCCCAGCGCGAGGGAACGGGGUCUAUAAGUCUCUGCUGGUGCGGAGAUCGAGGCUGCUGUCGUCUGGCAGUGGGACAGUGAUCUGUCCGACACAUCAGAUAAAGAAACUGCGGCGUUACUUUAAGAAAAAGGAUCUUCAGGCAAGAGGAAAGAAAUGGAAUGAGGUUGGAGAUGGUGUGUUGAGUCCGGGGCCUCACGGGCAAGGGGCUGUGAGGAGGAGAAGGGACAUUAGUUCCAGAGAACCUGCUGUAGGCAGUGCGGAGGUGGACAUGUCGCUGCCCGACACCUCUGUGCAGGAGAGAGAAGCAGAACAAGGCGUCUCCUCUAAUCCUGUGGCUGGUCUCCAUGGUGGGGCGACCACACAGGUGGGAUCGAGGGGACCAGGUCCACAGGUGUUUGGCAGCGAUUCUCCCCGCGCCCCGGUCAGGAGGAGUGAGGGUGGGGGAGGGGCUGGGAAGGGGGACAUGACAGAGAGGGGGUCGCUGGUGUCACAUGACCCUGCACUGGCCGGUCCACACGUGUCUCCGCACAACCACACCGCCACACCGGUCAACACGGACCCCCGCGGCCCCCCUCCCCCCUCCGCCAAUGGCCAGAGGCAAGCCCUGGCGUGGGUGAGGAGAGCGGGGUGA